GUCGCUUUUAGUUAGAAAACAUAACCUCUCUUUUCUUGACAACUGAAAGCACGUUGUCUAUUUAAUAUAUUAAAGUUUGUUUCUCUUAAAUAAUGGCAAAAUUUAAACUAAAGAAGCAAUCAAAAAGACAAAAAGCCCGUCUUCGUUAUAAAGUCGAAAAGAAAGUUAGAGAACAUAACCGAAAGUUACGAAAAGAUACCAAAAAGAGUCCCAAAAAUAAAAAACCAGAGAUUAUUCAAAUACCGAAUAUAUGCCCUUUUAAGGAAGACAUUUUAAAAGAGGUUGAAAUUUUAAAACAGAAGAAAGAAGAGGAGAAAUUACAAAAACGGGAAGCUGCAAAAGCUGAGAGAUUAAAACGAAAAGAAGAGGAAGCGAAAAAUAUUGCAGCAGGAGGAUUAGAAAAGUUGGUGAAUAAUGCUGAAUGUAAAGGAAAGAUUUAUGAAGCUCUCACACUUGAUACUACAAAAGAAAAAAAUUUAGAAAAUAACCGAGAAAAUUCAUUAAAAGCUUAUUAUAAAGAAUUUCGAAAAGUUGUUGAUGCGGCUGAUGUAAUUUUAGAAAUAGUCGACGCUCGUGAUCCUUUAGGGACACGUUGCGUUCAAGUGGAACAAGCCGUUAGAGAAUCAAAAGGAAAUAAACGUUUAGUUAUUGUUUUGAAUAAAGCUGAUUUAAUUCCAAGGGAAAUUUUAGAUAAAUGGUUAAAAUAUUUACGUUCUGAAGCCCCAACUAUACCAUUUAAAGCUUCAACUCAAAAUCAGUCCCAUUCUUUGGGUCAACGCAAAUUUAAAUUGACCAAUAAAGAUCAAAAAUUAAUGCAAAAUUCUUCUAGCGUUGGUGCUGACUUAUUAAUGUCUUUAUUAUCGAAUUAUUGCAGAAACAAAGGAAUUAAAACAUCAAUUAGGGUUGGAGUUGUUGGUUUACCAAAUGUUGGUAAAAGUUCAUUAAUUAAUAGUUUAAAGAGAAGUAGAGCUUGUAACGUUGGAGCCACACCAGGAAUUACAAGAUCUAUGCAAGAAGUUCAAUUAGAUUCUAAAAUUAAGUUAUUAGAUUCGCCAGGAAUUGUUUUUGCAACUGGAAAUGAUUCAAGUGCUUCUUUGAGGAACGCUGUUAGAGUUUCAGCUCUACAAGACCCUGUUACACCGGCUAACGCCAUUUUACAAAGAGUUACUAAACAACAAAUGAUGGAAUUGUAUGAUAUCACCGAAUAUAAUUCACCAGAUGAAUUUUAUAGCUUGAAAGCAAGCAGGAUGGGGCGAUUUAAAAGAGGUGGUCGUCCUGAUUUAAUUGCAGCUGCAAGAAGUUUAAUUGAUGAUUGGAAUAGUGGAAAAAUCCGUUAUUAUACAACACCACCAGAAAAUGAAACUAAAACACAUAUUGAUGCAAAAAUCUUAUCAGAAACCUCGAAAGAAUUCAAUUUGGACGAAUUUGAAAGUAUGGAAGUUGAAAUUUUGUCUCAACUUGAAAAAUCAACGGAAGAUAAAACGGCGAAUAAACCGUUUCAAGUUGAUUCGUUGGGAUCUGUUAUUUGUGAAGAUAUGGUUCAGGAUAAAGAUGAUAGUGAUGAAUUGUUGCCUCAAAAAUUGGAGGUGAAAAUACAAAAAAAGAAACCGACUAUGUUGGUUAGGAAGAAAAAAGUUGAUCCGGUCAUGGAAUUAGAGGGAAAUUUGCAAUUAAAUAAAGUAAAAAAAUUGCAAUUUAAAAAGGAGAAAAAAAUACAGAAAAAGCAAGCUCGAAUUCUAGCCGAAAAAGUUUUGGAAUCAUCCAAAGACGAUGAAAACUAUGACUUUGAUAAUGAUUUUAAUAUGAAAUAAUUAUAUAAGAAAUAUUAUAAAAGUUAAGCAACUAUUAGUGAGUCAUCUCCA